GCAUCUCCGGAGCGCGCAGUUCAAACGUGGCUAGGGAUGUAUGAUGCAAAACCGAAAAUCGUCAAUCAUCGUUGGUCAUCGGUUUCCACCGCCGCGCGAGAAUAUAUAAAAGGGGCACACGUGUCUACCUCGUCAGUGCGUGACAUAUUGCGCGAGCGUUGUCGGCCUGUUCUUAUGUCGAGGAUCCCUUGUCGAAGAGCCAGAGCAUUCGUAAACCUGCCUGUGCGCGAUACCCGAGAGAGAACUGCGGAGAAAUCGCACGAGCUCGUCUCUCAUUUUGGCUGAGUCAAGUGGAACCCUCGGCAUAUCGCAGUCGAAAUGGAGUUCCCUAACCUGGGAGAACACUGUUCCGAGAGUACAUGCCACCGCUUGGACUUCCUGCCCCUGAAGUGUGACGCUUGCGGUGAGAUCUUCUGCACGGAUCACAUCGCGUACACGAGCCACAGCUGUCCCAGCGCAUACAAGAAGAACGUGCAGGUGCCUGUAUGCCCGUUGUGCAACGUUCCUAUACCGAUAAAACGGGGCGAUCCACCUGACUUGGCUGUGGGCUCGCAUAUAGACAACGACUGUCAGGCGGAUUUCGGGAAGAAUCGCAGGAAGAUAUUCUCUAACAAGUGUUCAUCGAAGGGAUGUAAGGUGAAGGAGAUGGUGCAGGUGAAGUGCAGCGAGUGCGGUGCCAAUUUCUGCCUGAAGCACAGACACCCUACCGAUCACGCCUGCAUCGGGGCGGAGGAGGCGUUGAGGUUGCGCAGACUGGAAUCGCUGAACAAGAAGGCCCAGACGACGGUGUCGCAGAACAGCACCAGCGGCAACUCGUUUCGCCGGCUUCAGGGGACGAUGAGCGAAGACGAGGCAUUGGCCAGAGCCCUCCAGGCUUCCAUGCAGGACGAGGAGAGGAACAGACGGGAAUUACAACCAGUGCCUUCUGGAAACCGAGAUAGAUGUAGACUUUCGUAACCAUCUACAUGUUAUUUUACACUGUUACAAAGAAGAAGGGAAACAACUUUCUCUUUCUCUCCUCGUUUCCUGAAAAAGAAACAUCCGCCGGAGUCGCGAUGCAUAUUAUUAUAAUUUAUUGUGCGAAGAAACAGACGUAGCACAAAAAGAUUUCAAAUAACUAUAUCUGUUGCUAUAUAUACAUUCGUUUCUCUCUGUGCUGUUGUGUAACGUUAUCCGUGCAAUCGCUGUUAUCGUGAUGUGUACAAAAAUUACAAUAUAUUUAUAAAAUCGCUCACAUUUUUACUUAAGCAUAUUGUUCUUAUUGAUUGGGAUCCUUGAGUAAAAUUGAGAAUUCUGAGUAAAGCUGAGCUUUGCGAGAAUCAGCGUGGCUGGAUCGUUACACGUGAGAUUCGACGUAUUGUAUUUUGAAAUGUUUGAGCUGUAUGUACGAUAUAUUAAUCAAAUCACCUGUUUCAGAGGCAUUCGUAUAAUACUUGUAUAGAAUUUUGUGAGUUAAGUUGCGUGUACAAAUCAUUCGUGUAAAUUUAUAUUUCUUUCCAUAUCACGAGGAUGGGUAUCGUCGUACUUCAUUAAGAUUGUUAUGCCGUAAAAUUAAGGUCUGGCUUACAACCAGGGAUUAUAUUCUGCCGAACUAUCGUAACGAUUCUGAUAAUAUAUUACACGAUGAAGCUUCAGUAUAGAGUGCCUUAGUAGGUGAAGCAUAAUCUACAUUAGAAUAUGCGCUGAUAAAAAGAAUCUCUCUCUCUCUUUUUUUCUCAUUUCUUUAAUAAUAUAAAGAUUACAUAGGAAAUAUAUUUAAAUUAUUUCAAAUUAUGCUUAUUGGCAUUUAUAAUAAACUGGCUUUUUAGAAACUGCUUUCAACGAUGAAUAUUAUACAGAUUUUCAUAUAAUACAGAUACGUAUAUUUAAAGAAUUUAAUAUUGUCUUGAAUAUAGGAUUAAAUUGUCAAUUAUUAACUCGAUGAUGUUCAUCUGGGAGAAGAAUGUUUAAUUAUUCUUGUUUUAAUCAUUACGUUAUUAUAUUAUUACGUGUUUCUCAUCUCGAGAUUCUAUUUGACAAAAUGAGAUACACAUAAUUGGAUUUUUAGCACAAUAUCCAAAACUGUGGCAGAAAGGAAUCAUGUACAUUGUAUGAUAUUUAAGUAUUCACAUAAUAACUUAAGUAAAGUCUCAAAAUAGAAAUCAUAUUUGAACAUAUCACAUCACAGGCUUUUUAUGAAAAUCCUUCAUAAUAUUAGCGAAAAGAGAGAAUAGAUAAGGUACCAGACGUAUGCUCAACAUGCCACCUUGAUAUUAACAAAACUGAUAUUCACAAAUUCUGUGAUAACUCUUUGUGUGUCGUAUUUUUAUAAAUAUGCAUAAUUUUACGACACAUACAUACAUACAUAUUCGGUUCCCUUGGAUCACCUGAUUCCAUUAAUAUAAAAAAAAAACAUAACGCAAUACUUUCCUUUUCUAGAGAAACGAAUAAGAGGCAUGCAGAGUUUUUAAGAUAAUUAUAACUAAACAAAAUAUCGAGUGAUUAAUAUAUAUUGUACCAUAUACGAAUAUAUAUAUUGUACCAUGUACGAAUAUAUUGACAAUUAACGAGACACAGCCAAUAGCAAAUGCAUGGUGCUUGCUAUAUCACAUAUUUAUAUUUAUCAACGAAUAAUAUGCUUUUAAUAUCGGAAAGGAAUCGGUGAGAAUAAUAAUAUGAUUCUCGAUAAUAUUUAAAUAAAGAUACGCUUUUUACUAUUUUAAGAUUUGUUAGUACUGUUAUACUCGCCUACGAUAUAUCAGAGCUACUGGAAAGCAAAGGAUGUUUGUUACCUCUCCCGUGUGCAGUUGUUAUACACGUUCCAGAUUGAGAAGGUUCUCUUUAGCACAUAAAGAAAUUGUGAUACUACUAUCUUCGCGAAGAAGUACUUUAACUCGCGCGGAUACGAAUAAAAAAAAAUCGCCUUCCAGUAUCUCUACACAGAUCUUUUCUCAACCAUUCGAGUAUGUAUAAGAAAACAUAAUUUAUUAUACACAUUCCUAUAUUCGUAUCUUCUUAUAUAUAAUGUAGUAAUUUAUAUUUAAUGGAUUCUAGAAUAUUCUAGUGAGUACCAGACAGAUAAUAAAAUCGAAGAGCCGCGAGCGGGUAAUUUCCGAAAUACAUUGACAAACAAUUGUACGCGUUUAUAAAAGAAAUCACCCAUUCACAUUCUUUAUUAGCAUUAUAUAUACAUAAUUUACGGCUUAUGUUUACGCUCAGAUACGCUUAUAUAAAAAAAAUCCGUCGUAACAAAUUAUGUGAUGUGAUGACGUGUAAUUUUUCUAACAACCAUUUUUGUGCGAGAUAUGCAUUUGUAUUAAAAUGUAUGUAUGACGUAUAUAUAUACAUAUACACACAAUAGAUCUUUUCUGUACUGCGUUUAGAUUGUAAGAUCGACAACGUCACGAUUCUGCAGAACAGAACCAUUUCUUUCAUUCUAAUGGCCUGAUGUACUUCAGCCCUCAGAACUUCAGUUACCAUUUUCGUACAUGAAACUACACGCAUCAAUCAAUUAAUUUGAAAAAAAUGGCAAGGAGGUUGUGUAAAACCAAAUCGAUUUAAUAUGCAUCUACGUAAAUGAUUUACCUUUACACGACAUAUGUAUAUUAAAUAAAUUUAUAUUUUAUUCUUUUAUAAAAUGUAUAUUUUUCGCGAAUAUAGUCUAUGUGAAUUUUAUUUAGACACGGUU